AGCCACCACAACGCCAAACGCCUUCGCCCACAAAAUGUCGCCGUGUGCCAGGAGCCGACCGAGGUGCCGCUGUUCGCCAUUGGCAAAUCCAGAUGGGCUGAUGCACGGCUAGAAGCCCGGCGAUUGUCAACGGCGGCCACUCGGUUGGCGGAGGCGCUGAGGGGUUUAAAGGUCAUGACGCCCCGGAUUGUGGCAGCCAUCAACAUACAAACUAUAGUUCCUCGAUUGCCUGCGUAGUCACAUAGUCACAUAUUCCCGUUCAUUCCAUCCCAUCUCCCUCCAGCACAAACCACCCAACACAGCAGCAAUGGCGACGGCACCAGAGUACCAGGAGAACGGCAAGCACCGCUUCGACCCCAACUUCACCGAUGCUGUCAUCAACGCCAUCGGGCCCAACACACCAGAGAGGACGCGCUUCGUCUUCAGCUCCAUGAUCAAACAUCUGCACGACUUCAUCCGUGAGGUCGAGCUGACCAACGACGAGUGGUUUGAGGGUGUUCGCUUCGUCAACUCCAUCGGCAAGACAACGACAAACAUCAGGAACGAGGCCCACCGCAUCUCCGACGUCUUGGGCGUUGAGUCCCUCGUCGACGAGAUUGCACACAAGCACAUCAACGAGUCUGGUGAUGCGCCCACCUCCAGCACCAUCCUCGGUCCCUUCUGGUCGCCCCACUCGCCCUUCCGCGAGCUCGGCGACUCCAUCGUCAUAAACCCGCACGACAAGGGCCAGCUCACGCUCAUGCACGGUGUAGUGCGCGACCUCGACACCAAGAAGGGCAUCCCCGGCGCCGUCAUCGACAUCUGGCAGGCGAGCGCCAACGGCAUGUACGACUUCCAGGACCCAGACCAGGAGUCCAACAACCUCCGCGGCAAGUUCACCACAAACGAGAAGGGCGAGUACUGGUACUACUGCUACAAGCCGACUGCCUACUCGCUGCCCACUGAUGGCGCAACCGGCACACUCUUCAGGGCAAUGGACCGCCACCCCUUCCGCCCCGCACACAUCCAUCUCAUGGUCUCGGCCGACAACUUCAAGCCCCUCAUCACACAACUCUACCCACGAGACGACCAGUGGGUCGUCAACGACACCGUCUUCGCCGUCAAGGACGAUCUGCUGCUCGACUUCGUGCCCGCCAAGGACGAAAAGUCGAAGCUCGACCUCGAAUACAACGUCACGCUUGCGCCAACAUACAAGAAGACUGCUCGUCUAGACGGCAUCCCAAGGCUGCCCAACGUUUUCGACGAGCAGAGCAGGUUGUAAAUGAGGAUUUGUGUAUAUAGCGUUUUUGAUUCAACAUGUUUGUAAAUACCGGCUUGGUUUGGGAUGAACCUUGGAUAUUUUUGGUUCCGCUUGCUCGGAAAAGGUAGCAUGCUUGUAGACGUGCUAUGAAUGAGAAAUUCAAAACUAC